CUCGCGAGAACUCCGCCCCCCGCCCCGCCCCCCGCGCGGCGGGUGAGCGAGCGAGUGAAGAAUGCGAGACCUAACGGCUCAGGUAACGAGCAGUCUGCUGCAGUUUCCAGAGGUGACUAUUCAGGCACUUGGGGAAGAUGAGAUAACCCUAGAUUCUGGGCUGUGCGGGAAGUUUUCUGGAGGGAGAAAUGGCCUAGCAUGGUUGGCGUGUGGCCCUCAACUUGAGGUAGUGAGCUCUGUGACAGGAGAGCGGCUCUCUGCAUACCGUUUCAGUGGAGUAAAUGAACAGCCUCCCACUGUUCGUGUGGUAAAGGAGUUUUCCUGGCAGAAGAGAACUGGCCUGCUGGUUGGGUUGGAAGAAGCAGAGGGAAGUGUCCUCUGCCUGUACGACCUUGGAAUAUCAAGAGUGGUUAAAGCAGUUGUUCUUCCAGGAAGGGUAACUGCUAUAGAACCCAUAACUAACCAUGGAGGAGCCAGCGUGAGCACUCGGCACCUACAUCAGAGUCUGCGAUGGCUCUUUGGAGUGGCAGCAGUGGCUACAGAUGUUGGUCAUCUACUUCUGGUUGACCUUUGUUUGGAUGAUUUGUCUUGCAGUCAGAAUGAAAUAGAAGCAUCGGAUCUAGAAGUUGUCACUAGAAUUCCUGCUGAAGUUCCUCAAAGAAGAGAAACUGUGACCAGAGAAGGGAGACAUCUCUGUUUUCAACUACAAAAUCCUUCAGGAACAGCAAUAUCAACCCUGUGCUACAUAAGCAGAAGCAAUCAGCUCGUUGUGGGUUUUUCAGAUGGCUACCUGUCACUAUGGAACACGAAAACUUUGAAGAGGGAGCACCACUCUCAGCUUGAAGGAGGAAGGAUUCCUGUCUAUGCUGUUACUUUUCAAGAGCCUGAGAAUGAUCCUCGCAAUUGUUGCUACUUGUGGGCUGUUCAGUCUACACAAGAAAGUGAAGGUGAUGUUGUGAGUUUACAUCUGUUGCAGUUAGCAUUUGGUGACAGAAAACGCUUGGCAUCAGGACAAGUCCUGUAUGAGGGUUUGGAAUACUGUGACGAAAGGUACAGUUUAGAUCUCACGGGUGGAGUCUUUCCCUUGAGAGGGCAGACCAGCAAUACCAAAUUACUCAGCUGUCAGACUGUAGAAAAAUUUCGCAACCAUGUUGACAGAGAGGAUAGCGUUAAUGAAGUAAUAUCUCCUGACACCAGUGUAUCAAUCUUCAGUUGGCAAGUGAAUACAUAUGGUCAGGGAAAACCAUCUACCUAUUUGGGUGUAUUUGACAUUAAUCGCUGGUAUCAUGCUCAAAUGCCAGAUUCACUAAGGCCAGAAGAAUUCCUUCAUGACUGCCCCUAUUUUGCAUUGUGGUCACUGGAUACUGUAGUAAGCAUGACUUCUCCAAACCUCAUUUUGGAUAUUCUGGUACAUGAGCGGAGUCUAAGUCGGGGAGUUCCUCCUUCUUAUCCACCACCUGAGCAGUUUUUUAAUCCAAGCACCUAUAAUUUUGAUGGUACGUGCUUGCUGAACUCCGGAGUUGUUCAUAUGACUUGCACCGGCUUCCAGAAGGAGACCUUGAAUUUUUUGAAGAAAUCUGGUCCUUCAAUAAGUGAAGCCAUUCAUGAUAGCUACAAUAGGUGUCUUGUAGCUGGCUUGCUGUCUCCAAGACUAGUUGAUGUCCAGCCAUCCAGUUUGAGUCAGGAGGAGCAGUUAGAAGCGGUAUUGUCAGCUGCUGUCCAGACAGGUUCUUUAGACCUUCUGACUGGAUGCAUUAAACAUUGGACAUCUGAAGAGCAGGCAAGUUCUGCUGCUAAUUUACGGUUUGUUCUUGAGUGGACAUGGAACAAAGUGAUCUAUACAAAAGAUGAAUUUGACCAAAUAUGUGUUCCGCUGUUUGAUGGCUCUUGCAACUUCGUUGACCCGCAGACAUUACAGUCUCUUCAGCACUGCCAGUUGCUUUUGAGCAGCCUUAGCACAGUCUUAAACUGUUUUCUAAGAGAAGCACAAGAGCUUACUGAAAAAGGUUUAACAGACUUGACAAAUAAGCAGGUGGUAACUAGCCUCCUUUCUGUGUAUGCACAAGUGGUCGUCUGGUUCUGUCGAUCCAGUCUCCUUCCAGAGGGUUUAGACGAUGAUACACAUUUGUCUAGACCUUUCUACAAUUAUCCUCUGAUUCAGAGCUACUAUACUGGUCAUCGACAGAAACUUGAGCGUUUAUCAAGAGGAAAAUGGGAUUCUGACUGCUUGAUGAUUGAUGGAAUGGUUUCCCAGUUAGGAGACCGAGUUGAGAAGUUGUGGCGGAGAGAUGAAGGAGGAACUGGGAAGUAUCCACCUGCUAGUUUACAUGCACUGCUGGAUCUCUAUUUGCUCGAAAACAUUGAAGAAAGCUACAAACAUGCAAUUACAAUUUACUUGCUGCUAGAUAUCCUGCAUUCCUUUCCGAAUACAACAGAACCUUCAAUCGACUCCUUCCCAACCGCCUUUGCUAUCCCUUGGGGUCUUGUUAAGCUUAUUCAAGGUUUUUGGCUGCUAGAUCACAAUGAUUACGAAAAUGCACUGGCCCUGCUCUUUCAUCCAGCUACAAUGAAAACUGUGUCAUGGCAACACGUGAGAAUUAUUCAGUCCCUCAUGUGCCAAGGAGAGCAUAGGCGAGCCCUCAGAUGCAUACAGAUGAUGAAGCCAUCGACGUCAAGCAGUAGUGAAGUGCGGCUUUUCCUCACUGUGCUGUUGUCCAAUAGGUGCAUGGUGGAGGCGUGGGGUCUGCUGCAGCAACACGCCACGAAGUUCAACAGAGAAGAGCUGUUAAAACACAUGUAUGAAACCUGUCAGGAGAUGGGACUAAUGGAAGACUUACUGAAGCUACCUUUCACAGGCGCUGAACAAGAGUGUUUGGAGAAGUUUUUACAGACCAAUGCUGGUGUUCAGAAUGCUGAAUUUCUUUUAGUCCACCAUCUGCAGCGUGCCAACUAUAUCCCAGCACUGCAGCUGAAUCAGUCAAUGAACGUUACUCUUAUGAAUGAUCGGGAUCCUCGCUUCAGAGAGAGAGCAGUUGCCAGAAAUUCUAUAUUAGACCAGUAUGGCAAGAUCCUUCCUAGAGUUCAAAGGAAGCUGGCUGUAGAGAGAGCCAAGCCUUACCGUUUGCCUUCAUCGGUCUUAAGAGAAGUCACAAGACCAAAGCCAUUAUCAACAGUAACAAAACAAGCUAAUGCAGGAAACGUGCAUACAAGAGCAACUUUCCUCAGUAACGUCUUGUCCAAAAUUGGAGAAGUCCGGGUGGGAAACGAGCAGAAAACCAGUUUCUCACAAUGUGAGAGUCCUAGAGCUACAGAACCACCAGUCAUAACACGUCCUCUCCCUGACGCAGAGUUGCCCGAUGCAUUUGUUGGGACACCAGUUACACAGUUUUCCCCAAAAUGUUCCAGAUUGCCGGAUUUGGUGGUUCGUCCUGUUCCUUCAUGUCCUGCAGCACAGGGUGGUAGGUGGCAGUCGCCAUGCAGGGCUUCUGCUUCAUUCACGGCAUCCAGCCCAUUGAGAUCAAAUAUGCACGGAUCCAUCUCGCAGAAGAAUUUCCCAGGAGCAUCAGAGCUGAACUUACUAGAGACUCCUCUUGUGGUUAAGAGAGCUAAAGUUCUGGCCACAUCUGCUUCUGCUAUUCCUGGCUUUACUCCUCAGUCUAUUCUCAGAUCCAGCCUUCGCACCACACCCCUAGCAACUCCCUCUGCAUCUCCAGGACAAUCACUUACUCCUCCUCUACGAGCAAAGAAACCUAGAGUAUCCUUCAGGGAAGAGAACUCGAAUGCAAAAUGGACCGUUGGGGUAACAGAAUCUGAUAAAGUAGUGUCUGGAGCUUCAUGUGAGCAUCAUCAUGGCGUGGUGGAGGGUGCUUGUUCUGAAAGUAGAGAUAAAACAACUCUGUUUACUCUGUGCAAUCCUGAGGAUGAUGGUGCUGAAAUGGAAGUGUCUUCAGAAAGCAUACAUGGAGAUGGUUUGGAGAAAAUGGAUGUCAGCAAAGAAAACAGUAACUUCUCUGCUAGGUCAGACCAAACUACUUUGGAGUAUCAUGAUGCAAAAUCACCUGGCGAUUUUGAAGAUGAUGUCAUCUUUAUAGCUGCUAAACCAGCUAAUUCUUCCACUGAAGAAACUGCCGAUUUUCAGGAAUUGCAGAAGGAAGAAGACAAUGAAAUGGUUGAAGAUAAACCUUUCCAGAUGGAACAACCAGAUUCACCAGAACUAAGAAAGGAAUCUGGAUUUGUGGAAGAAUCAAAUGCUGAAUGUCUUACCCUUCCUGAGGAUGGUAAAUUGGUGUUUAAAGCUGCUGAGGCUGCUACUUUUGAGACUGCAAGUGAAGGUGAAACAAACCACCAGGAGUCCAAAAUGUCCUCUUCGUCAGAAGAAAAAGCCAUACCAGUUGCAACAAACGCACAGCUUUCUGAAUCACCGGAGGCAGACAGUGAAUCUGCGAUAAGUAUCCUUGAUAGUGAGGAUGUGGUCAGUACUCUUUCAGAAAAUCGCCUUGAGGGGAAGUGUGUGGAUUUACUUAAAGAACGUAACCUAGAAGCAGCUGAAGUUGAAGAAAAUGUUCCUUUUCCGCAGGAAGAAAUAACUGUUUCUAACAAUCUUCCUAAAACUGAGGAACUUAAUGUUAUUGAAGAUACUGCGGUUAAGGCACAAACCGCAGAAGAAGCACCUGAAACAUCACCAUAUAGUGAACUACCUCCAUCAGGCAAUCUCCAAUACAGCUACGAUACUGUAGAGCAACAGUUUGCAUGUGAUUUGCCUGAUAAGGAAGAGGGUGAAUGUGAUGCAGCAGAGGGAGAUGGAGAGCUUCUUCUCUCUCAGAGUAAUUUUACUUUAGUUUUGGAAGGAGAAGAAGGUGAAGCAGAGAUGGGAGACCCUACAUUAGUAGAUGCUUCUAAACCGGCUGGCACAACAACAGAGGAAAAACCUGUGAACAAUUUAGGAAAUACUGACAACCAGGAACAUGUUACAAACUCAGUGUCCACUGUAACUAGUGAUCAGGAAUCUCAAAACAUUGCAGAGUCGCUCCCAUAUGUGCCUGAACCCAUUAAGGUAGCUAUUGCUGAGAACUUACUGGAUGUAAUAAAAGACACAAGAAGUAAAGAAUUUACAUCUGAAGUUGUACAACAAUCUAUUCAUGAAACCAUAGGGAAAAAGGUCACUAGAUUGCAGAAGGCAAAAGCUCCCUUAACAACUGUGCCAGAAGGAGUGGAAGAUGAAACCAGCAUACGUCAAGUAGAGUACGGCAUCGCUCCUAGAACACGCACAAGGGGACAACUGAGUAGAAGUCUGAGUAUUCCAUUGGCAGGCGCUCAGCAGCUACUGAAGACAGACCAACCAGUUCCGUUUGGACUGUCUCCGAGGAGAAGUACCAGGCGAACAAAAGAAGCACCUGAGACUUCUGGUCUUCAAACAGAAGAAAACGCUCAAGAUGAGCAAAUACCUGCGAUACCUGUUACUCCUAGGAGAGGUAGGAAGCCCAAACUGACUAAUUUAGAAAAAGUAGAAAGCAGCCAUUCUGAUGGACAAACGCUGUCUGUCAGUACGCAGUCCGUGGCUGUUACUCCAAGAAGAGGAUUAAGGAGAGCAAAGGAAGCUGCAUCUGAACUCUUGGAAGAGGCUAGUGAGGAAACUGCUCUCGCUGAAGGUAGCGUUAUUGCUUCUGCUACUUCCAAAAGGACUAGAGGAGGGAAAAGUUCAGCAGGAGAUCAGGAAACUGGCCAGACUGACACUGAUCGUAAGAUAAAAACGGCGGUCAGUCCCAGCAGAAGUGCAAGAAAACUGAAAAGCAUUAAUUUACAACUUGCUGAACAUAUUGUCAAGGAUCGAGAGUUGCAGCCUAGUGACCAACUCCUUCUACCUGUGCCAACUACAAGAGGCAGAAGAAGAAAGAUGAGUUCAUCAGAAGUUUCAGAAAAUUCUGACCUUGAUCUGUCUAAAUCACUGCUUCCUCCAACAGAAUUUAAACUUCCUGUCACUCCUAGAAGAAGUGCUAGGAAGGGGGCACAAAAUCUCUUGGCAGCCACAGGAUCUGUCUCUACUCAGGAAGACGUGCAUUCGGGUGCGAAAGUGGAAAUGCUUGGAACUCCUAGGAGAAGAACAAGAAGAGUUCCACAUGCUAAACCAGAACAAACGGAUACUCGUGAGCAAACACCUGCACAGCCAAGUGAGGAGUCAGCCACACCCAGGACUCCAGUAAGGACAGGGCGUCGGGGCAGAAAGAGACCAUCAGUCCUGGAGGAGAGCACAGGGGAGGAGGCCUUCCCCCAAGGACCUGGUGGCAGUCCUUUGCUGCUUGAAGACAUAAACCCAUCAGGACGUGCUGAAACAUCAAGAACUGCAACAGAUCAUAUUACAAGAACCAGAUCCCGCAAAACUGCCAUGCAUCAGAAACUGUCUGUUGAGGAAAAUGAGUCCUUCCUUUUCUCUCCUCCCCUCACAAAGCUGACAAAGAAAUUUAAAGGUGGAAAAGCAGACCAUCCUGUGCAGCUUAAGGAUUUAGACCCGGACUUGUCUUCUCAAUUUGUCUUUUCACCCCCUCUUUUGAGGUCAAGGAGAAAAAAUAUAUCUAGCAUUUCCCGAAUUGUGAAAGAACCAGAGCUUCCAACUAAAGAGGAAGAGGAUACCAAAUCCCUAGAGUCUGUGGGAAGGCAAAAAUUGAAGAGAGGUAGAACUGCAAAAUCAAAAAUGAAGAAAGCAAGCAAAACCACAAGAAAAGAAGGUUCUUGGUCACCUCCACCAGUGGAAAUAAAAUUCAUCUCUCCUUUUGGAAGUCCAGUGGAUGGAACAAAAAGCAAACAGAAAGAAACUGCAGAUGCAGCAGAGAAGACUCUACGAAAGAACAAGAAAAGACUGUCUAAUUUUCCAAAGCCAGUUGUGCGCCGGAAGAUGCUGUAACUGUUUUUUAAGUUUAUAAUGUACACCACUGUUUGUAAAAUCAUCAAAAUUGUGUGGAUUAGUAAAAAGAAAAAAAAAAUCUAAUUUGGAAGAGAUAAUUUAUAUAAAUUAUUGUAAAAUUUCAUAAACAAAUGGUCUUCAAUAAGUAACUCCAUAUGGAGUGUGUUUUCCUCAGUCAAUGCAGUUUUCUAUUUUAUAUUAAGACUUCAUACAUUUAUAUAAUAUGUAAAUACAGCUUAUUUUAGGAAUGUUAAAUAAAAAUGUAUACUUCACAAUAUGCUUACUGUCUGAUAGCUUUUUGAGGGGAUAGUGGGUUGAAUGGCCUGUAUCGCUCAGAGAUUUUAAUGUUGGUUUGCAAGAGUUGCCCAACCUCAAAAGUGAGGCCAGAAGCUUUUUAAGCUUUUAAAAAAGUUUGCUUAGAAUUCCUAUAACAAGUAAACAUUUAAAACGUACUAGUUCAAAUUUUAUAAAUGAUGUUUGACCUUCUGGCACAAAUACUUGGGCUUACAAUACAAACUGGUAAUUCCUUACAUUGAUGGUUAAGUUGUACUGUAUUGAAAUCAGAAUGUAAACAAUUGCAUUUUAAGCUGUGCAAUAUUUUUUUGUAUUUGUCUUAAACUUUGGGAAAGCUGCUUUUUAGUUCAUAAAACUAGAUCACACCUCAGAUGUUUCACUAUUUUUUACAAUUUGUUGUCAGCAAAAAAUGAACUGUAUAGGGGGUGUGAUGCUUACCAUAGCAUAUCAAAUUUAAAGGGGUAUUACCCACAUACUUUGAAAUUUGAGCCAAAAUUAUUUUCAUAAGGUUAAUAGGAAUGCUACUAUGAUUGAAAUAAUCAUUGUCUGUAAACAUAUUUUGCAAUAUUUGAAGCUUGCAUAUCACAGCACUGAAAACCUGAUGGUAAAGCUAACAUAAUAGUCUGAAAAAGGUACAAAAAUAUACAGAAAUCUUAGUUACAAACCAUAUUUUUGAAUAAUUAUUUCAUUAGUAAUCUUGGGUUAUGGAGUAAAUUGUCCCUAUAAAGCUUCAAUUUGUAAAAAUAAAUUCAAAAAACUAUUCUUUUAAAAGCAGACAUGGAAGUACUAUUUUGAUGUGCAGCCUUUUAGACAGUGGAUUAUUUUUUAUGUAUGUUAAUUUAUAUAUGGAUGCAACUUUGAAGACUACAGAAUGGUGGAACCUGACAUUAAACUUUUCAAUGAGUAAAAACUA